AAAUAUUUCUCCACGUGAGCAAACAAUUUCGAUUUGUUUUGAUUUAUUAUCGACCGGGAAAAAAAUGAUGGAAAAUUCCAAUCAAUCGGCAAUAAUGAAUGAGAUAAAAGUAUUUGAAAUGCAAAAAGAUUGUUUAAACAAUAUUCGUCAAAAAUUGUUCAAUCAAUGUGAAAAUUUUGAUCCAGAUAUGGAAGAAUUUAAAGAAAUUAUCGACAAAUUCAAAGCAAAAAUUGCCGAAGCUAAAGAAUCUGUUAGUGAUUAUGAAAAAGAUAUUGAUACUAAGGAUACAUCCGAUAUUGAUCGACCAUUGGCUAAUAUAAUGCUCAGUGAACGAUCAAAAUUAAUUGCACAAUUAAUGCAAAUGGCUCAAACAAGAAUGUCUCGAUUGAAACAAGAAACCGGUAUACUUCGAGAACAGUAUCGAGAAUUGUCUAUUGAAAUGAUCAACUCAAAAGUUACUUCGGUUCGUUAUGAUUUUAUUGCUCUUAUCAAAUACUUGGAAGUCUUAAUACAGAUUGAUGUAUUGAAAUCUUCAAAAUUGUAUACAAUGUUUAAGGAAUUUUUCAUCAAAGAUAUUUAUCAAAUUGUUCCAUUGUUAGCCGAUUUAUUAAAAUACACAUUCGAUCAUAUUGGAUGGCCACAGACUAACGUUGCAUUACGACCCGAAAUAUCAAAAAAUUUGACCGAUUAUCAAUUAUUAUUUGUUUCAACAUUUCGAUCAUUAUUAGAAUUAGAAAGUGGUAGAUUUUCGAAACGUUUGCAAAUAGAUUCCGAAACAUUUCAAUCGGAAAUUUUCACUUCAAUUAAUGAAGAGCGUAUUAUUUAUCAUCCAUUCGAUAUAUUGUUCGAACCAUUUGUUAAACGAUUCGAUCAUCAUUUCAUGGAUUCUGGUUCUAAAUUGAACGAUUUAGAACAUCCUGAAUGGUAUCUUUGUACAUUAGAACAAUGGAUCACAUUAAAUGAGUCUUUCUUACGUGAUUUGGUCGAUCAAACAUUGAUUCUUUUUUUCGAUAGUGAUAAUGGAAAAUUUGCUACGGUUGAACUAAUUUCAUGUUUUGUGAAAUUGAUUGAACAAAAAUUACGCCAAGAUUUGCCACGUAUGGAAGAUAAUGAUCAUAUUUUUGGCCGUACAAUCGACGAACUUAUUAUUUUUAGUAAACAACUUAAUUUAAUUGUACCGGAUUUAUACGAAAAUCAUCCAAAAUUGAGCCCAUUGUUUGAUAUUUUUUCCGAUACACAAAACUAUAAACGUUUUUUGAAUAUCGAACGAAAUCGCAUUAAUGAAUGUAUUGAAAAUAUACUGGAUUCAGAAACUUCUUGGAAUUCUGUUUAUGAACAUGAUUUAGCAUUCGAAAAUGAAUUUAUUAUCUGUGAAGCUGCUGAUGGAUUCGCUGCUCUAAUCAAUCGUCAAAUCGAACGAUCAAAACACAUUCCAUUGGAUAAAUUGCGUAACGAAUACUUGCAUUUGAUUAUUAAUAUGAUUGAUGAUUUUCGUUUACGUUUGUCGCAAAAAAUACAUGAUUUACAAGAGAAAUGGCCAUUCAGUGAAAAAUUUUUUGGUAUUCUAAACACUUUUGAUUUCAUUCAUUCAAUGUCGAUGGAUUUGGCUUCCAAACAAAUGUUGCCUCAAUCAGAUUUGGAUCGAGUAAAUGAAAUGUUCAUUCAUAUGAUUGACGAGAUAUCUAAUCGUGUAAUCAAUUUAAUUGUAUCGGACUUUAUAAAUCAUCUUUCUUUGUAUAAACAAUUAAAAUGGCACGGAAUGUCAUUGCAAGGAGAUCAGCCAAUCGAAGUGACCAAUGAAGCCAUAACUUUAUUCAAUGAUAUUUCAACCAAAAUUCAUUUGAUUCAGAAAAACAUUUCGAAAAAUUUGUUUAAUCGCUUGAUAUAUGAAAUUGCCGGUCGAUUGCAGGAGGCUUUUUUCGAAAAUUUUAUCAUGGAAUUACAAUUUAACAAAGAUGGUAUUAAACAACUUCGUUAUGAUUUUGAACAUGCAUUCAAAGCUAUUUUUAUCAUUUAUUCUGAUCAUAACAUUGUAUUUACAUUUUCAACAAUUUCUGAUUGUCUAGUCGUAUUCGAUUUAAAUCCACAAACAUAUCAUAUUAUUCAAGCACGACAUAAAGUGGAUAGUGAAAAAGAAUUUCGUUUAUAUUUACAAACAUUGGGCAUUUAUAGUUUGAAACCAUCAACAGUUUUGGCUUUGAUCGAUCGACGUGUUGGAUUCAACUGAAUAAAAAUGGAUGUGCAAAA